AUGGAUGUUGAAACUGUUAAAUGUCACCUUUAUCAAUCUGGAUUUAUUGAGAACUAUUUUAUUUGGAAGCAUAAAGGGGAAAGAGAUGAUAGAAGUGAGACUUCUUAUGGUAAUGCAUUGCAUGGUGGUGGUCAUCCAAUAUUCAAAGAGAAUCCAUACCGACAAAUGAAUUUAGAUGUAGCUAGUCCCAAUUUUUCUCAGGGUUCAAGCUGGAAAUCUUAUAGCAAUGGUGAACCCGAGUCAUCUCAUCCUUUUCAACAUUCAAUGGAGGAAGAUCCUAAUCCCAUUUCUAAAAAAAUUUAUGAUUUGUUAGAUGCUGCUGAUGCAGAAUUAUAUCCCGGUUCAUCCCUCUCUCAACUUGCAGUUGUCUCUCGAAUAUUGAAUAUUAAAAUAGAGAAAAAUAUGUCACAGAGGGGCUAUAACCAAAUGAUGCAAUUACUUAAGGAGUCUUUACCUGAAGAUAACAUCGUGCUUGAUAACUAUUAUCAGACGAAGAAGUUAGUGCGUAGCUUGGGUUUGCCAGUUGAAAAGAUUGACAGGUCUCAACUCCACUACAAGAAGAUUGGUUGCUCUCUACUUCCUCAUUCUCAUCCUCGGAUUGUUGUGAAUCAGGAUGUAUGUUGUAUUGGGGUGAUUAUGAUGAACACCUUACAUCUUGUAAAUUUUGUAGCAAGCCAAGCUGCUGACAUGAGAUGGCAUCAUGAGCAUAAAAAAGAGGAUAGUGUGAGGCGCCAUCCAUCAGAUUCUGAGGCUUGGAAGAACUUCAAUGAAAUUUAUCCUUUUUUUGCCGCUGAACCAAGAAAUGUCAGGUUGGGGUUAUGUACAGAUGGUUUUCAACCAUUCAGUCAGUCUGGAAGAAAAUAUUCUUCGUGGCCAGUGAUUGUUACUCCAUACAAUUUACCUCUAGGAAUGUGCAUGAAAGAGGUUUAUAUGUUCUUAACUAUCAUUGUUCCAGGUAAAUUAGCAUGUCCUUAUUGUAUGGAGGAAACACAAUCUUUUAGAUUACAGCAUGGAAGAAAACAAUCCUGGUUUGAUUGCCAAAGAAUGUUCCUUGACCAGCACCACCCAUUUAGGAGAGAUCGAAAGAACUUUCUUAAAGUCCAGAUUAUCAGAAGACCUCCCCCAACAAAUAGAAUAGGAGAGGAAAUUUUGGACCAGAUUUGUAAUUUAGGGAUAAGAAAUGUAACAGAGUUAGAUGCAGAACAAGUUAAUAAAAUAAUAUGUAACACAUGUGGGUGGAAAAAGCGAAGCAUCUUUUGGGAUUUGCCAUACUGGAGUUCUAACAUGAUUCAAAAUAAUCUUGAUGUUAUGCAUAUUGAGAAAAACUUCUUUGAUAAUGUAUUUAACACUGUUCUUAAUUUUGAUGACAAAACUAAAGAUAAUCCACAGUCACGAUUAGAUACGGCAAAAUAUUGUGAUCAGCCUCAAUUGGGAAAGGAUAGUACUGACCAAUAUCCAAAAGCUGUCUAUACAUUAGACAAGGAAGCAAGAGCGAUCUUGUUUAAUUGGGUGAAAUGCUUAAAGUUUCCAGAUGGGUAUGUUUCAAAUUUGGGUAGGUUGCUAGAAACAAAUGCGAAAAGGUUAUUUGGAAUGAAGAGUCACGAUUGUCAUGUGUUCAUGCAAUGA